GUGAGGCUUGAGAAUUGGGUGCACAGCCCUCCAGGAUACCCCAUGGUGCAGUGGGAGGAUGCUGGGCAAGCUCUGGGCACCUAGGUGUCAGUCCGGACUUUCACAUGAAGAGUGACCUUGAUAAGCUUCGAUGUUUUCAUUGCGAAAUAUUGAUCUCAGCUGCCUGUUAUCUGCCUCAUAAGGCUGCUGAAAAUGUAUAAAGUGUUGGCUGGAGCUGUCUUCCUUGGAGUUGGGCUGUGGGCAUGGAGCGAAAAGGGUGUGCUGUCUGACCUCACCAAGGUGACGCGGAUGCACGGAAUCGACCCCGUGGUGCUGGUCCUGAUUGUGGGCGUGGUGAUGUUCACACUGGGGUUCGCCGGCUGUGUGGGGGCCCUGCGGGAGAACAUCUGCCUGCUGAACUUUUUCUGCGGUGCCAUCGUGCUCAUUUUCUUCCUGGAGCUGGCCGUGGCCGUGCUGGCUUUCCUGUUCCAGGACUGGGUACGGGACCGGUUCCGGGAGUUCUUUGAGAGUAACAUCAGAUCCUACCGGGACGAUAUUGACCUGCAGAACCUCAUCGACUCCCUUCAGAAAGCCAACCAGUGCUGUGGGGCAUAUGGCCCUGAAGACUGGGACCUCAAUGUCUACUUCAACUGCAGCGGUGCCAGCUACAGCCGUGAGAAGUGUGGGGUGCCCUUCUCCUGCUGCGUACCAGACCCUGCUCAAAAAGUUGUCAACACACAGUGUGGAUAUGAUGUCAGGAUUCAGCUGAAGAGCAAGUGGGAUGAGUCCAUCUUCACAAAAGGCUGCAUCCAAGCACUGGAGGGCUGGCUCCCGCGGAACAUUUACAUCGUGGCUGGCGUCUUCAUCGCCAUCUCCUUGUUACAGAUAUUUGGCAUUUUCCUGGCGAGGACCCUGAUCUCCGACAUUGAGUCUGUGAAGGCAGGCCAUCACUUCUGAGAACAGAGGCGAGCAAGCAGAGCCGAACCGUGCCGUGGAGGCCACGGCCCUCCGCUGUCCUCAACCUAUGUCCAGAAGGAGAGAAGCCGACACGCUCAGCAGGGGCCAGCACCCCGUCUUCAGCGUCAGCGUGAUGUGACCUCUCUGUUUCUGCUUGCUGGUGCCGAAGACUGAGAGGCCCCUUCUCUGACUUGCCCACACUUGUGACACAUCCUUGCUGGGGUCUACCCAGGGGCAGAGAAUGUGUCUUUAGGUGGGGGUGGGUGACUCUGAGGGACAGACAGCGCUCCUGUGUCUGCAAGGAGGUCUUGCGUCGUUCCUCCUGGAGCCCACGUGCGUCUGCAGGACACCUGGCCUCCUCACCACUGAUGUCCACAUGUCUGCUUUGGGUCACUGGCGCUGGUCUGGAGGCCAUCCACAUGUGUGGGUGAGAUGUGGGGAGGGACCAGCAGGCAUGGAUAAGGCUCCUCUCCAUCAAGUCAACCAGCACAGGGCCCCAGUGGACCUCUGAGUGCCAGCGGGGCCUGUGGCGGUGCAUUCGUCAGGGUCGUUUGCAGGAUCCUCAGCUAUGUCCAAGUGAAGUAAGCCUGAGCCACUGUGUGGACUGGUGCAUGGCAGUGCCUUGUCUGCUGCCCCAGGAGCAUCAGCCAUUCUCCCAGGGUGAGAACUGCCUCUGUUCUUGACAGCAUUAAGCCCUGAUGGCACCAGGGCAGUGGGCACAGUUCUCUCUGAGAGCCAGUGCUCCUUUUCUUAAAGUUGUGUAAAUAGUCUAUUUAUAGGGGUAAGAAUGUUCUCACACCCUUUUUUCAUUUCCUCUUCCUUUCCUCUGGCAUUGUCCUCUAAGCAGCCUUGGUGUCUGGGACUGAAGCUGUCCCUUCCAGUUCUCCUCAGUGUCUCAAGAACCAACCCACACCAGCUUCCUUCCCGUCCACACAUGUGCUCCCGUUCCUCCUUGCACCCCCUCCCGACACCACUCCCCAGCUUGGCCUCACUGACUUCUGGUCUUGGUGCUACUAAAACUGUCACUCACAACUUGAAUCCUGCCUCUCACUCCCCACUGCAAGGACAGCCUGGAAACUCAGCCAGGGCUCCUCUCACAGCCACAUGCCAAGGGCUGGCCAGUCUGACGUUCGCCUGUUGGUGGAGAGAGAAGCUCUUGUGCAGCCAGGCCCUGUGCUGGGCCGCAGACCCCAGGCUGCAGCUGCAUAGAAGUUCGGGAGGUUUUGUUUCUAGCUUUCGUGGUUACUACCCCCACUGGGAUAUCUGUGGUCACGGGGUCCACCCUUCCUGUCAGGGCUAUUCUGGGGCUUGCUCUUGGAAAUGAAGUCUGUCUUACGUACUGAGCAACCCCCCCAGGGAUAGCUGGGCCUUUGUCCAUCUUUGGCUGGGCUACUUUCUAAUGCUUCUCCAUAGCCUGUACCGGGUCUGUCCUCUUCGUUCAGGGCUCGAGUGCUUCCUUCAGCGACUUGCCGAAGUGCACAUGCUAGUGUGGUGUGUACUGGUGGCCGUUUGUUGAUGAUGAUGAUGAUGAUAUACUUUUUGUUUUUUCCAAUUUUCUAUAGAGUAGGGGAAGAAGAAUGCUUGUGUUUUUAGGAAGUGUGAUGCUUCUCUUUGACUGCUAGACUCUUUUAUGGAAUAUAUCUUUUUUAUUAA